UUUGCAAAUUAAUAGAAUGGUUCAGAGUAUUUCUGAAAUAUAUUUUGUGCGAUCGAAUCGUUUCUCUUCAAAAUCCAUGAAAGUGGCAGUGCUAGGAGCUGCCUGUAAUACGGGAAAUUGUCUUUCGUUAUUCCUGAAACAAUCAUCUUUGAUCGAUGAAUUGGCAAUUUACGAUAGCAAAUGUACUCGUGGUCUCUCAUUGGACUUGAGUCACAUCGAUACGAAAUGUAAGGUUAGCGCAUAUGAUUCUUCCGAGAAAAAUCUUCAAGAAACGCUGGAGGGUGCUAAAAUAGUUAUGAUCAUCGCGAAUCAAACGAUUGGAAAUGAACAAAAGUCAGAGACAUUGAAGCAGAAUGCCGAUAUCUUGUCGGACUUGUUACCAAACGUUAUUAAAUUUUGUCCCCAGGCUAUGCUCGCGGUCGCGAUGGACCCGAUAAACAGCUUAAUACCUCUGACGAUGGAAAUGUAUAAAAGAGCCGGAGUUUAUAAUCCCAAUCGCAUUUUUGGGAUAACUAGUCUGAACUGUGUCAGAGCAAAUACAUUCGUAGCGGAAGUAAUAGGUAUCGAACCGGAAUGCGUAGUGGUACCAGUGAUUGGCGGAGCUUGUUCGAAUACGUGUGUGCCUCUUCUUUCUCAUGCGAAACCUUGCAACAAACUAUCGGAGCAAGAAGCUAGGAAAUUAACACACGCGAUGCGAACGGCGGAUGAAAAGAUAGCAAGCAUAAGCAAACGGAAAGACAGAAUAUGUUUCGCUUUGGCUUUCGGAGCAGCCAGAUUUUGCAUGUCUCUUUGCAAAGCUUUGCGACAUCAGAGCGGUGUAGUGGAAUGCGCCUACGUUCGAUCUUGCCUGGUACCAGAAUUAACAUAUUUCGCUGCUCCCUUGGAACUAGGUCCGGAUGGAAUUCAGAAACACGUGGGGAUUCCGCCUCUGUCCGAUUACGAAUGUAACCUUCUCGAAAUAGCCAAACCCAAAAUCAAAGAAGCUAUUCUGCUUGGAGAGGUAACGAAUCACAGUUUCAAUUUUAAUCGAGAGAAUAAGCUAUUUUACUCGGUCGUUUGACAGACUCUCGCUCUUGGCAACGAGAACGUUCCUUCGGAGACUUGUCCGCCACCUAGCGAUUCGACUGACCGAGCAAACCCUGCACCGCAAUCUUCGUAAUUUUAUAAUUGGCCAAUAUGAGAUUAAAGCACGCUGGCUCAUUUUACAAUGUUGAUUUUGGAGAGUGAGAAAGUACACGCGAGAGUCACGAUCAAGUGGCGUUUUCGCGAGAAAAAUAGCGAUUUUGACGACAUCGUUAUCGAAUCGUUUCACACUGAAAGUUCAGCCGCUGUGGUCGGUUACG